UUCAGAGCGUCCGCACUUUGCGUAUCACGACCUGGCAAGACGGUUCAAUUAUCAACCAUCGAUCAAUGACGACAUGAAUAUUUCCAUGACGUGAUUUGUUACGUGAACUGUCAUAAGAGUGAAAUAGUGACGUAAUUCGAUCUUGAAAGUGAAUUUAUUUGCCUGGAAAUGAAGGCGGCGUGGUUAUACGUGGGAGGCACAGCCCUGCUCUGCCAUUUGCUCAGCCCGGUGUCCGGCUUCUUCAGUUUCAGUUCCUCUUCCUCUUCGAAGCCCACGUCCAAGAUAGCGAAAACCUCGAGCCCCAGCCGGGCCGGUAGCCUCUAUGACGCAAGCUAUGCUGAAGUAGGAUACGGAGCUGUGGAAGACAGCGCAUAUCUUGGUGUCGAUACGACGAAUGUAGAUCCCUACGAGGUUCUGGAUUACUCUGGAAGUGCCUUUGCGUCGCCGGGAACAAUCGACAGGCAUUUCAGUAAGGGUUAUUCUAAAGGAUAUGGGUAUGAUGAUCAUGAUGAUGGGUAUGGACAUGACCAUGGUGGUUAUGGACAUGACCAUGGUGGAUACGGUCAUGAUGACUACGGAAAAGGAAAGGGCAAAGGGAACAAACAUAAGAGCUGGUGGAAGAGUUGGACCUCUAAAGGAAAAGGGUAUAAAAGUAAGGGCAAGGGGCACAAAGGAAAGAAAAGUUACGGGUAUAAAAAGGGUACUUAUAAGGAGAUUUGUUAUUUAGUGCCAGAGCACGACCACGGAUAUCAUGAUUCAGGAUACCACAGGAGAUAAGCCCUUUUUCAUCGUCCACCUUUUAUUGUGAAAACCCGAUCUGACUGUCAAAUGAUGAAUGAAUUUUUUACGUGCUUAUCUGAUAUGAAAAUAACAUUUUGUGAUUUAAAUUGGCAUGAUUAGUAACUCGAUUGGUUAUUCUUAAGGUCCAUAAAACUGCUAAUUAUUUGGAAAUUUUUUAAGAUAAAAUCGUUUUACAUAAAUGUAAAACAAAUACCGUUUAAUCUCCCCUAACCGUUGUAGAAAUGGUAUAUGUUUUUCAACAAAAAACUGAUGACAGUUUUUGUGCAAAAUAAUUAAAAAAAUGUAAGUAUGUAGGAGAUGUUGGAAAUACUACUUCGGUUUGUAUUUUUCUUUAUUGUGUUCCCGAUUUGGGAAUCUGACAUAUUAAAUAUUCUUCCCUAUACGUGAUGUUCCACCAAGUUCCUUUUCGAACUGAUGUAGUUUUAGUGAAAUUUGUUGUUUGCUUGUGAAUGUGGCAUGUGCGUUUCUAGCGACGUUAAGAUUAGAAUAAAGUCGAUUAUGUG